UUAGUACUAUUAUUAUUCAACACCUUCAUUUCUAAUCUCUCUUGCUCUUCCCCUACGAACUAGCAAGAUAUAUAUAUAUAUAUAUAAAACUUUAUAUCUUGCUUAAUUGUCGUAGGAUAAAAGAGAUGGAUUAUGUGAAGAAGUGUAAGAGGGUAUGGGGAAGCAACAAUAGAUUAUUUCCAGAAGAAAGUGGCAGUGGCAGCUAUGGGAAAUUACCAAAAGAGAGUCACAAAAAACAAAAGGAUAGUACUAAGAAGCCACCACAUGGUUGUCUUUGUGUCUACGUUGGACCAGAGAGACAAAGAUUCGUAAUCAAGAUCAAAAUAUUCAACCAUCCUUUGUUUAAAACUCUUUUAGAAGAUGUUGAGAAUGAAUAUGGAUAUAGAAAUGAUGGUCCUCUAUGGCUUCCUUGUGAUGUUGACUUGUUCUGUGAGGCACUUGUAGAGAUAGAAAGUGCUGAAGAUCAUGAUUUGGGUUUUGUGGGUUGCAAUUUUCCAAUUGUUCACAAACACAACCCAUUUCUCAUUCUUCAUUGUCUUGUCGCUCCUCUAACCUGAGUUGCGUUGCCAAUUACGAGAUUUUGGUAUAAGGUUGUAAAAUCUAAGAUAGAUUUAAGUGCAUGAUAAAAUUCCAAAUAGAAUUUAGUUGGAAAUUUUUUGUUCCCAUCUUCUUUAUACAUUUUUGUUGAACGAAAGAUAGAGAAAAUGAUAUAUACAUUUUUGUUGAACAAAAGAUAGAGAAAAUGCUAGAAAGUGAAAAGAAGAUAAGAUGAUUU